AUGGCUGGAUCUGGUGAAAAAACAUUAAGUAAAGAUCAUCAACAAUAUCUAGAUAACCCUUCUAAUGAUGCUUUAUAUAAUCAUAUACAAUUUGAUGAUGAUUAUAAUGUUAUUGAAAAAAGAUCACGUAAUCCAUAUGCUUGGAGUAAAAUUUUGAAACGUGAUACUAAUCAAGGAAGAUAUUUCUUUGAACCAGUAUCAUAUUUAGAUAUUCCACCAUUUGUACAAGUUAAUGAGAAAAAUGCAAAAGUUCCUUAUUCAUGGAAAUAUAAUCAGAUUUAUGGAAAAAGAGGAAGAAAUCCAUAUUCAUGGCAGGUAAAUCCUGCUUACCAAAAAAGAGAAUAUAAUCAAGGAAAUUGGUUUAGUUUCAGACCAACAAGAAAUCCUUAUGCUUGGGCAAACAUAUUAUAA